AAAUGUUGAUCCAGUCAAAUGUAAGACGCUUGUGCCUAAAAUGUGUAUACCACCUACCAUCAGCCGGUUUUGGAAGUUCUGCUGAACAAGGGCUCAUCUUGCAAUCUGUCUCUAACAACGUUUAUGAAAAUCUGGCGCUGGAAGACUGGAUCCAUGAUCACAUGAACCUCGAAGACAAAAAUGUUCUUUUUCUGUGGCAGAAUUUACCAUCUGUCGUUAUUGGCAGACACCAGAAUCCUUGGAAAGAAUGCAAUCUUCAUCUAUUGAGGAAAGAAGGAAUCAGUUUGGCAAGGAGGAGGAGUGGUGGUGGGACAGUUUUUCAUGACAUGGGCAACAUUAACCUAACAUUCUUCACAUCAAGGAAAAAGUAUGAUAGAAUGAAAAACUUACAAUUGGUGAUUAGGGCUCUUAAAACCUUGCAACCUCGACUUGAUGUACAAGCAACAAAUAGGUAUGAUAUUCUGCUAGAUGGGAAAUAUAAAAUAUCAGGUACCGCUGCUAAACUUGGAAGGAAUGUUGCUUACCAUCAUUGUACGUUAUUGUGCAAUGCAAAUAGGACACUGUUGUCCUCUGUUUUGCAGAGUCCUUACCAUGGUAUACAAAGUAAUGCCACCCCUAGCGUACCUGCACUUGUCAGAAACUUGUCUCAGACAGAUUCUUCUUUAACUUGUGAAAAGGUUAUAGACGUUGUGGCAUCAGAGUAUUCUACUCAAUAUAGCAAUAAACCAAGCGUGAACUUAAUAGACCCAAAAGAUGAAAUAAUAUUUCCAGGUAUAUGUCAAAAGAAAAUGGAAUUGUGCACUUGGGAAUGGAUUUAUGGGAAAACACCAAAGUUUGCAGUUAAAACUUGUCUUCAGAUUUUGUACAGACAUACAAUGUUGGAUAUAAACCUAACAAUGGAAAUAAAAAAUGGUUAUAUAGAGACUUGUUCCGUGGGGCUACCUAAUCGUUGGCUUCCUAAAGAGCUAUGUGAAGAACUUCAGGAUGGAUUGGCGGGCAGUAAAUUUUGCCCAAGCGAAACUGCUUUUUUAGUGAGUAGUCUGUUAAGAACCUGUCCUCAAGACGAUGAUGUGCCAACAAAAUGGAACAUGUUAUGUGAGAAAUUGGUGUCCAUCAUGUGAAUUUGGAAAUGUGAAGUGUAAAUAAUUGUGUUGCCACUAACAUAACUCCAUUAAAAAAAUAUUUCAG